AUGCCUGGUGCGUCGUGCUACUUCAAAUGGGAAUGUAAGGUUGGCUGUAGAUGUUCUGCUGGCUUCAUUAGAGAUGAAUACAGCAAGAAGUGUGUCUUGGUCAGCGAGUGUCCCGCUCCCGUUGAAGAUGAAAAACAAACUAAUUACUACCCGUACGAUAAAGAACAACUUGACUUUAUGAGGAAUAAAAGAUUGAAUGGAAAUUCCCAUUAUAAGACGCCAUGUCAAGCUGCUGCUUCAGCGUCAUCAUCAUCUGGGUAUUUAUCACCGGAUUCCAUGUAUCAGAAUAACUUCAUACCUGGACUGGGGAGAUACAGUAAUGCUUACGGCUACGCGUAUCCAGAAUUUUCAGGUUUAUAUCGCUCAGAUAAUCCUUACGACGAUGAUAGGGAAAUCAUGAGUUAUUCCGACGGGAAUUUCAUCGAUAGCAUAUCUUCGGCGAGAUUCGCCAAAAAGCUACUGCCGACCGUCGUUUCAUCUCCAAUAAUAGCUCCACAAGCUAUAUCGUCUUAUUUACCUUUGAACACUGCAAAUCUUGCCGGGCUCACGGGACAAAUAGCUCAAGUCGGACCGACUUAUGGCCUUUUACCCAAUUCUAAUGGCGGAGGUUGUAAUAUCCCUCUUUUCUUCAGUUGUACACCGUCUAUAGUGUCUGGUCGCAUAUCUAGACCUGAACAUCAUCUGUAUCCUUCUAAUUUUAUUGGAGCAUCAUCAAUAGAUUAUCGUGGGGUCGAAGACAGUCAAGUGGUUCAUCCGAAUAGAGAAGAGAAUCUUCAAGAGAACAGUGCCUCAGUUAAAAAUCCCUCUGCUAAAUUUAAUGAAAAUUAUUGA